UCAAUUUUCUUUUGACAAGUAUAUCGCUUUUUUUUGUGUGGUGGAUGUGAAAAAAUUAUUUUUCUUGCAAAAUUGACAGAAAUAACUAAAAUAUUUAUUGAAUUUAAUUGAAGCGAUAAAAAAGCUGUAAAGCAAGAAUGUCUUUACCCAGCAAUUAUAAGGCUAUAGCACCAGCACAACCGACCACCCCAGCAGCCGGUAGUGGUAGCGGCGGUAGUAGUAGUAGAUCUCGAUCUUCUGGCACCGGUGCAGGCUCCGAGCGUAAUAAAGAUAAUACUCCCAUCUUUACACACAGUAACUAUGGUAAUCCUGCGUUUACACCGCAAAAAGCGGGAAAGUCCUCAAGUAACAAAAAUCAAUCGGACAGUCGGACACCGAAACCCCCUAAACCACCAGAGAAACCUAUUCUGCCCUACAUGAGAUAUUCGAAGAAGAUAUGGGAUAGUGUUAAAGCUCAACAUCCAGACUUGAAGCUAUGGGAAUUAGGUAAAAAAAUUGGGGCCAUGUGGAAACAACUAACGGAGGCUGAUAAACAAGAAUUUGUGGAUGAGUAUGAGGCAGACAAGGCAGAGUAUGAGAAGAAUUUGAAAGCUUAUCAUAGCUCGCCGGCGUAUUUGGCAUUUUUGGCAGCCAAGAGCAAGGCCAAGGCAGACGGUGAUGUCCAUGAGACUCCUUCGAGAGGUGGUGGUGGCAAAGGUCAGCAGGAAAGACGCAUCGAUAUACAACCGGCAGAAGAUGAGGAAGAUCAAGAUGAUGGUUACUCUUUAAAACAUGUUGCGUAUGCUAGAUAUUUGCGCAAUCAUCGUUUAAUCAACGAAAUAUUCUCCGAUGCUGUGGUACCAGACGUGCGUUCGGUGGUCACCAUUCAGAGAAUGCAAGUACUCAAGAGGCAAGUCAGUUCUUUAACCAUGCAUCAAACGAAACUCGAAGCAGAAUUGCAACAAAUGGAGGAGAAAUUCGAGACUAAAAAGCAACGUAUGAUGGAGUCUAGCUUAGCCUUCCAGGAGGAACUGAAGCGCCAUUGUAAACCGGCCGUCGAUGAUGAAACCUUCCAAAAGAUGGUACAAAAGAUGUAUGAAGAAAUGAAACGAGAGCGACAACGUCUAAUUGAUGACCCUACUGCAGCAGCCAAUAAGUCAACUGUAGGUGGUGCUCUGGCGGGAGCAGCUGCCCCGGGUUCUUUAACGGCAGAGGCAAAAAAGGAAGCUGCAAGUGGCGUAGCACCACCACCAACAGCACCUUCUGCUACUCAAACAAAACCGCCUCAUGAAUCGGGUAGUAAAACGGAUCCAGAACCUAUGGACAUAGAGCCGCCAGCUAAACCUACAGCUCCUAUACCGCCACCUAAAGUGGAACACAAAGCAAUGGAAGUGGUUAAGGGGCACAAGGCUGAAAAUGUCAAAGAGCAUACAAAACCUAAAGGAACAAAGAAUCCACCUGUUAUAAUUACACAACAACAGCAACUGCAACCCCCACAACAACCACCACCAACUACACCUGCUGUGGAACAGCCAGUGCCAGCCACACAAGGUCCUGCACAUUCAGUGGGUGGAGCACCACCACCACCACCAUCAACUAUAACUGCAGCUCCUCCCACCGGAGGCCCUAAUGUACCACCACCAGCCGCUCAACAUGUACCACCUUCAUCAGCAGCUGGUCCGCCUCCAACGCAACAGCAAAUUCCUCCUUCUAACAUGCCUCCCAUGCAUGCUCAUCAUCCUCCACAACAGCAUGGCGGACCACCGCCACCAACUCAUUUGCCCCCUCACAUGCAACCUCAUCAAGCUAUGGGCGGAAUGCCACCGCAUGGGGCUUAUCCGCAAUAUGGUCCACCACCUACUGGUCCUACACGUUCGCCCUACUAUCAGCCACAGUAUGGAGCACAUCCACCACCGCCUCAGCAAGCAUACGGUCAAUAUCCACCAUACUCUCACUAUCAACAACCCUAUGGCCCACCACCUCCCGGCUCACAUUACAUGAACUCUCGACCACCACCACAACAUAAUGGCGCAGCACCGCCACUACAGCCUCCAAUACACUAUGGUGAACAUUCUGGACCACAACUACCACCAGGACAGCAAGGCGGUCCAGGUUUACCUCCACCUGGUCACAUGCCACCUCACGAUGUCUAUGGCCAACAACAGCCGCCACCCGGUGCACCUCCUGCUGGCCAUCCAUUACCGCCGCCACAACAACCAUUGCCAGCUGUAACCGGCAGUGGACCACCACCUCCAGGUCCAUCUGGCGCCCCACAACCAACGGCUCCUAACCAGCCCCAAACUACUCAGCCACCAGCUGGUGAUAAUUCUUCUAAACCCGAUGCUGAUGAUAAAGCUGAUUAAAAUGAUUUAUGAGACCACAAAAUUAAUGAAUCUAUGGCAAAAUAUUCAAUUUUAAUAUUUAGUUUAAGUCUUAUUUUUUAUAUAUUUCAUCUAUAAUAACCUCCCCCCCCCUCUACCACAUGUAAGUUCGUUCUUUCUUUUCAUCUCUCUGUAUUUGAGUGUGAGUAAAUAAAAACAAAAAAGGAAAAAAAUCAAAUAAAGUAGUGUUUUCCAAAAGAAA